GCAUUCAGUUUGCCGGCAUAUCUCAAAAUCACGUCAAUUUCAUCAAAAAUAAGCACCCAUAAAACCUGACCAAUGGCUCAAAAAGCGCGCAAGGACCGGGCCAAGUCCAACGAGACGACCCUCAAGAACCUCCACAUUGGUUCCCUCACCGUCAACGGCAUCUUCCUGCUCUCUCACUUCCUCUUCCGGUCGCGCUCCCUUCUGUUUUGGUUCAUCCUCUCCAUCCCGAGCUUCCUCUGCCAGUACACGCUCGAGAAAACGGGCCGGCCCAGCUAUGACCCCUCUACCAAGGCGCUCAAGGCUUCCGGCGAGGACCUCGCCGCCCCAGGCCUGACCGAGUACAUGUUCGACGUGGUCUGGGUCACCUGGGCGGCUGCCAUUCUCGUCACCCUUUUCGGCAACUGGGCCUGGAUCUUCUGGACCGUCGUCCCUGCUUAUGGCAUCUACAAGGGCUUUGGCCUGAUGGGCGCCGCCAAGUCUAUGGCUGGGUUGGGCGGCAUGGGCGCCGACGGCGGUGAUGCUGCUGGUGCUGGUGCUGUUCCCGCUGGCAACAGGAAGCAGAGGCGUGCUGCUGCUUAAAGUGGGAAAAGCUUUCAAGUGAUACUGCAUGUGGUCUAGCCGCUUUGCGCUGUCUAUCAAACUUCUAUUCUACUUUCUUCCAACUACACACAUCGCCGCCAUUGCCAACUACGACCUCGGUCACCUACGCCUUAUGCCACUCUUGCUCCUUGGUCCAUUCCCCAAUUAGCACCGGAUCAACAUCCUUCACCAACACAUGAACAUGUUCCAGCGCUCUCACGCUCUGCAACGCCACCCAGUUCUUGAAAUACAGCACUUUU